AUGACUUCCGUACUACGAUCCAAGCAAGGUUGCUGGACCUGUAGACUGCGCAAGAAGAAAUGUGAUGAGCGUCGCGAUAUAUGCACCACCUGCGAGUCUCUCACAAUUACAUGUUAUGGCUAUGGCGCCAAGCCAGACUGGAUGGAUGGUGGGGAGAAAGAGCGUGCAAUGGGGAAUAGUAUCAAACAAAUCGUGAAACAUACAUCUCGGCGGAAAGCGACUGGUCGACUUGGACUUUUGGCUGCCAAAUUCCAGAAAAAUAGCACUUCUGGAUCUGGUGAUGCUCAGCAACCACUUGAGCCUGCUUCAGGGCCACGGAUUUUACCUAAGGAAACGAUAAAGGACACGAAAUCUCAUUCCCCACCCGCUUCACAAUCGAAUUCCAGUGGCACUACCUUUACUCCUGAGACUCAGCCAUCACCUGAGAGCGAUUGUGGCAAUGCCCCUUCCCAGAACUCUCCAGAUACCAACCAUAGUGGCAGUGAAGAGCUCACUGUUCCUUUUUUUGUAGUAUCAGGCGAUGAAUCAGUCUUACUGAUGCAUUACCUUGAUAUUGUUUUUUAUCUCCAAUACCCGAUGUACAAGUCGUCAGUGGAAGAUGGAGGACGAGGAUGGGUACUUUCCUCUCUCCUUAGAACCAAGCCUCUAUAUCAUGCAGCGCUUGCUUUAAGCGCAUAUCAUCGGGGUGCUUUACUCCUUGCAACUCAGCAAGGAGUCCACCACGAUCCAGAAAACUACGCGGAGCAGGAAAAGCAUCUUGCAAAAUUCUUCGAGGAAUUCCAGAGAGCGAUAAACCGUGUUAGUAGAUUCGUCGAAAGGGAACCAGGCGACUGCAUGGCCAUCAUUUCUUGCAUAGUGCAGCUAGUGUUCUUUGAGCUAUUCGCAAAUCGAGGCAACACUUGGCAGCUGCACCUCAAAAUGGCAUGUAAGAAAAUAGCUGAUGCACAUAGUUCUGCGACAGUUCAGGAAGUCUUGAGCAUGGCUUCUGCACAAGAAAGCGUCCCGCCACGUACUCAUCACAAUCCAAAAGCUCAUGAUAUCAAGACAUACAAGUUCUUUUCUGGCGUUAUUGUAUGGCUUGACACGAUAUCAUCGGUCACAAGCGGCACCACACCGAAUACUUUGCCACUCGACUCGGUGCAAGAACAGGGGCAACCUCAACUCAACCUCGAGAAUAUUAUGGGCUGUGAAAGUUGGGCUUUGCUUGAAAUCGGCCGCAUUUCGAGAAUAUACGAACUGCAAACCCUGUCAUGCCAACACGACUACACAGGUUGUACUGGCGAUGGGAUACAAACUUUGAUCGAUCGUAUCAGAGGAGAGUUGGUUCAAGGACUGGCUGAAGGGCAUAUGUCGACUCUUAACCUGUCCAAUGAUCGAUGUAUGCGCAGUAGAUGUACAACAAGCGAAAAGAUCACUCGACUGUUUGCUCUUACCGGGCUGGUAUACCUGCAUCUUGUCAUUCUAGGUUUACACCAAGGCGCUUCUUGCGUUGACUCUACCGUUCGGGACGCAAUGACAUUGCUACGACAAGCCGAGUCAGCGAACUUCCUCACUGCUGUUGUUUUCCCACUUUACAUCCUCGCAUGUGUUGCCAACGAAGAAGAUAAGCCGUUCUUCAGACGGGUUUUCUCUUCCGCGCCUCUGCUAGAUCCGACGCUGGAUCAUCGAUCCAAGAUGUUGCCACAAUUGGAAGCGGUCUGGACCAUGAGGAAUAAUGCCGAUGCAGUGGGAGUAACCUGGACGGAAGUUCUGCAAGUCUCCAAUGGAACUUUAUUGAUAUAG